AUGUCCACAGCUUUGCCCGCGAUAGGAACGCGCCUCAGCUACUCCGGGGCCCUGGGAACGAUCCGGUUCACAGGCCCUGUGGAUGGAACGCAGGGCGUAUGGCUUGGCGUCGAGUGGGAUGACCCCGAUCGCGGCAAGCACGAUGGGGUCAAGGACGGAAAGCGAUACUUCUCUUGUCUGGUCCCAAACUCGGGCUCUUUCAUCCGACCCGCCGCGGCCAUCAACUACGGAGUCAGCUUUCUCUCCGCUCUCACAGCGAAAUAUGUUGAAACCGUUCGCGGCACUGCAUCCCAAGAGAAGGUCGUUCUCGGUUCGUCCGGAGGCGCCAUCGAGGUGGAAGCCGUCAAUCUCGACAAGAUCCGGAGCAAGCUGUCCCGGCUCGAGAGGCUGAAAGAUGUCAGCCUCGACAACGAGUCUGUCUCGAGUGCGAACCCACCGGGGGAGAUUGCCCGGACAUGCCCAGAAAUUCGUGGCCUCGAUCUCUCAAAGAAUCUAAUUUCGUCGUGGGAGAUAGUUGCCUCCAUCACCACCGAACUUCCGGAUCUUCGUACUUUGUCUCUUAAUCAGAAUCGCCUAAUGCCGCUCGGGACGUCCCUUUCUGUGCCAAAGCCGUUCCAAAAGCUUGAAGAUUUGCAACUCAGCGCGACAUUAACCACAUGGAACGAAUGCCGGUCACUGCUACAGUACUUGCCCUCUUUGAAGGCAAUAGAGUUCGGUUAUAACCGUAUACGGUUGCUCUCUGACAAUGACUCCCCGUGGCCUAGUCAUGAGAAUCUUCAGAGUGUGAAUUUUGACAGCAACGAGUUGUACAGCUUCACAGACUUGCACGAUGGCCUAGAGAACAUACCCGGACUAAAGCGACUUAUGCUCACAUCAAAUCGGUUUAGUCGAAUCCCCGCACCGCCCAAAGGCACCUCUAAUAAACCUAUCCACUCCCCGCUGCGCUCAGUGAAGCAUCUUGCGCUGGCGUUCAACCUCCUCGCGACAUGGCCUGAUAUCGAUGUGCUUCACGAAUGGGCUCCGGGUCUGGAGUCUCUCACGCUCGCUGGCAAUCCGCUCAUGACAGAUCCGACACAUGCGAGCUAUGCGCGCGCGUUUGCAAUUGUGAAGAUUCCGUCACUCACAUCGCUGGAUGGUACAUGGAUCUCUACCCGCGAGCGCACCGACAGCGAGCUUCUUUAUCUGACUCAGGUCGGCAAAGCAUCAUUCUCUUCGGGGCCGGAGAAGCACGCGUUGCACCCACAAUGGCUGCGCCUAAGCCAGAAGCACGGCGUAUCAGACACCCCGGCCGCCCCCGAAGUGCAAGACACCCUCAGCAACCAUCUCAUCGGCAUCCACGUCUAUCAUGCGCCGACCGCACCGCCGCAGGCCCUCACGGAGCCUGUGCUAGUCGCCUACCUUACCGCCGCCGGAGCGCCGACCGCGCUCCGUGCACUCACGUCAAUGACCGUACGUUCGCUGCGGCUCAAGCUGUUCAAGGCGUGCCGCGUGCCACGCGGGCAACAGGCGGAGGCGCGGCUCUGGCUGGUCAUGCCCGACGGGGGCCUCGUGGAGCUCGACGAGCAGUUCGCGAACCGAGACUUGGCGUAUUGGGGCAUCGAGGAGGGCGCACGUAUCGUCUUGGUCGGUGGGUGA